AAACCAACGAACCGGUUCGAUUCGGCUAUAUUCUCUAUACGGUUCGGUUCGUUUCUAUUUUUAAGAAAUUCGGUUAGUCGGUUCUCUGCCCUACACAGCCGCCGCUUGAAGAGCGAAAAGGGGACGGCCCCAAAUUUCAACUUAAUAAGCCACAACCCGAAACAUCCUCAUCCGUCCGCUCCCCAAUAGAAACCGGCCUGAGAAUAUAUCUCUAUUUAGUUGAUGCAUGCAACCUGUUCGAGUUUUUGUCUGAAUUAAAAGCUUAAGAAGGUUUCUGAAUUUGGAAUGAUAAAGACUUCAGUUCCACCUUUCAAAGCAUUUCAAUUUCCAUCUUGUAAGAUUACUGGGUUUAGGCAUUUAAAGUGCAACGCAUCCAAAAUGGAACUCACUCUAACACGUCCCGACGAUUGGCACCUUCACCUUCGCGACAAUGAACUUCUCGAAGCUGUUGUCUCUCACAGUGCCAAUCAUUUUGGAAGGGCGAUCGUUAUGCCAAAUUUGAAACCUCCCAUUACCACUACUGCUGCUGCUGUUGCUUACCGAGAAUCUAUAUUGAAAGCACUGCCGGCCAGCUGCAACUUUACUCCACUAAUGACACUUUAUUUGACAGAUUCAACUAGUCCAGAUGAGAUCAAGCUCGCAAGAAGGAGUGGAGUUAUUUUUGCUGUAAAGUUGUAUCCUGCUGGUGCUACAACAAAUUCUCAAGAUGGUGUUACUGAUCUUUUUGGGAAAUGUCUUCCUGUACUUGAGGAGAUGGUGGAACAAAAUAUGCCUUUGCUGGUUCAUGGGGAGGUUACAGAUCCUAAUGUUGAUGUAUUUGAUCGUGAAAAGGUCUUCAUUGACACUGUUUUACAGCCCUUAAUGAAAAGGCUUCCGCAUCUAAAGGUUGUAAUGGAGCAUAUCACUACAAUGGAUGCUGUUAAGUUUGUUGAGUCUUGUGAUGAUGGAUUUGUGGCAGCAACCGUUACUCCUCAGCAUCUUGUUCUCAACAGAAAUGCUCUCUUCCAAGGAGGGCUACAACCACAUAGUUACUGUCUUCCGGUACUCAAAAGGGAAACCCAUAGACAAGCAAUUGUUUCAGCUGUGACUAGUGGGAGUAAAAGAUUUUUCCUUGGGACUGAUAGUGCUCCUCAUGAGAGAAGGAAAAAGGAAUGUCCUUGUGGAUGUGCUGGAAUUUAUAAUGCUCCUGUUGCAUUGUCACUGUAUGCCAAGAUUUUUGAAGAGGCUGGCGCGCUUGAUAAGCUAGAGGCAUUUACAAGCUUUAAUGGACCAGACUUCUAUGGACUUCCAAGGAACACAUCACAUAUCAAGUUGAAGAAGACCCCAUGGAAGGUGCCAGAAUCUUAUUCUUUUUCAUUUGGAGACAUCGUACCAAUGUUUGCAGGAGAGACGCUUGAGUGGCAGUCCUUCUGUGUCUGAUUUCAUUUUUCAUUGCAAGAGAAAAUAUUUUAUGGUUUUCUUAUUCGUCAACCUUACUGCGUAAAAUGAAGGUUGGCACUUGUAGAUGUUUAAUUCAACUCUUUCUUGUUCCUUCUUUCAUUAUUUUUUUCCCCAUAAAAUGCACUUAAUCAGGGAAGUAGUCCCCCCUUUUCAUUAAGAAAUAAAAGCAACAUUGGGAGAGGAAAUUAUGUUGUCA